CUGAAGGAUCGUGUGACACUGAAGUAACCAUGCUAAAUAUUGAGCUUUGCGUCAAAGGACCAAAUUACAUUUUAAAACGUAAUAAUAGAAAACAAUUAUUUUAAAUUAAAAAUUUAUUUUAAUAAUGUUUCACAGAAUUACUGUUUUACUGUAUCUCAAAGCAUACAGUAAAACAUACACAUGAGCAUAAGACACAUCUUUCAAAAAACAAACAUGACUUGUUAUACACUGUCUGUGUCAUGUAUACACCACCAAAGGAGGCACGGAGCGCACACACAGACAACCACACUAAAGAAAUACACAUGGAUUUAUGGUUGUAUUUUCAUUUUAACUAGUUUAUUAUUUACAGCCAUUAAAGGGCACAUUUAUUAAUAUCAUUUGGUCAGUAUAACAUGUGUUAAUGUGAUCUUAACAUCAGUGGCAUGUGCAAUACAGAAAUUUACCAGUUUUGACAACUUUUACCAUUAAAAAAUAACCAUCGUGAAACGUUUUUUUCUGGUUAUUUUCUGGUUGCAAAAGAUAACCAAUAAAUAACCAUCAGGGGACGUUAUUUUCUGGUUAUUUAAAACAAAAAACAGCCUGCAACGUUCUGGGAACGUUAUUUUCUGGUUGCAAAAAUUAAACCUGAAAAGAACGUUCUUAGAACGUAAUAACCAAUAGCAAACCAAAACUGUGACAGCACGUGUCGGACUGAUGUCUUUUCAACGGUCAUUAAACGUCCAAAUGUUUGUUGAAAUACAUUUUAAAGAUACAGUACUCGUCUUAAAACUGUACUAAAUACCUAAAGGGUAUGCACACUUUGAAAUCACUUUACUACUGCAUUUACUGUGACUGAAACAACAAAAUCACUCACUCACCACCAGCUGCAGAGAUGACACAACAGACAGUGACAUGAUCUACUGAAAUACAUCUGCUGUUACAUCCUAGAUUCUGUCGUCUGUCAAAAGGUCUUUAUUUUAUUUGUAACAUGAAAAAUAACGUUUUUGAUUCUGUAAUUGAAGGACUGGAAUGGAAUCAUGAUGUUAAUAAAUGUUUUUUAUAUCCUGAAGUUGACCACAUCCACUGAACGUGCCCACAUUGGAUACUAACAUCAAGAUGAGUUCCCACUGAAGGACAAACGAAGAUAAAGCAGGCUAAAAUCAUGCUAAACUGUGAGGGCGGUGCCUUUCUAACAGCCACAGCCUUUCAAUGCAUCAGUUUAAAGGUCGAACAGACUCGUCAAGAAUGACUGCGCAGCAGCCAGUGAAUGAUGAGAACACCUGUAAUCCCGGUUAUGUUUCGAUUUAUAUUCGAGCCGGACGUGUUUUGAAAAAACGAAUUGAAGAAAGUUUUCCGAAAGAAAACAUCUUGACUGCAGUGCGGAAACUUUUACAGCCACGUUCCACUGGAAACAUCAACUACAUACACCCAGCUACAUUUAAAUCCAGACACCUGUACAGAACUAAUAUAUUUCAAGAGUUAAGACGAAAAUUCAAAUGUUCACCAACUAUAUGUCAAAAUGUCACCCUGCAAAAUGUACAUAUCCCUGAGCUGAAUGCCAGACCCCCUGUGUUAAUAUUACUCACAACUCAACUUACUUCAGUCUUUAUUCUGCCUAAAUUUACAAGUAUAAUGAACUGCCGGCACCAGACGUCGUUUCAUAUUUUAAGGAAACCGACAGAAAAAAGAAAGAGCAGAGAGCUUGAGUCUAUUAAUUGUCAAGAGCCAAACGACAAAAGCCUGCAGGACAAUGAGAAGGAAACAUUUGCAAUGUCUAAAGAUGAACAAUAUCAAUGGGAGUCACCAUCAAAAAAGAUUAAAGUUAUAUUAGAGGCUGAGAACACAAUCACACAUGAAGCCAACAGUGAACAGUGUUUUCUUAAUAGCAGCGAAACAGUCACAGCAUCUGCGAAUGCUUCCAAAAAUUGGAACUAUAGACCAGUUGAACAUGACACAGAGCAUGACACAUACAUUGUGACUAACAGCAAUGACAAAGAUCAAAUUGAUGUGGUGGAUGAAGUUUCAGACUCUGAAAGAUACUGUGGCUUGAGGAAUCAAGGAGCCACAUGCUAUUUAAAUGCAGUGCUGCAAAGUCUCUUCAUGACAAGAGAUUUUAGAUCAGCUGUCAUGAAGCUGGAGUUGGAAAAAGCGAAGAAAAAAAGUGUUACUGCUGAACUUCAACACUUAUUCAGACGUUUGGAUUCUAAGAGAGGAAGUGUGGCUACUAAAGGAAUCACAAAAGCUUUAGCCAUUGAAAACGUCUAUGAGGAGCAGGAUGCUGCAGAAUAUUUUCAGAAGAUAUUGAGUAUGACUGAACCUCGCCCAGCCGAGAUCUUCCAGGGAACAAAGAAACACUCAACCACAUGUCUACAGAGUCCCAUGAGUCCACAUGAAACCUGUGAAGAAAUAGUAUUUUUUUCUUUGACCAUUCCCAUGGAGUGGAGUCAAAAUGAUGUAAUCAAUGUGCAAAAAACUUUGAAUGCACAGUUUGAGGAUAUAUUUAUGGGGGGAGAGGAUCAGCUCUACUGUGAACACUGCGAAACGAAGACUGACAUGAAAAUGAGUUGCAUCAUUGUUAAGCUCCCACAAGUGCUGAUGUUACACAUGCAGAGAUUUUACUUGGAUUUCAACUACAUGACUUACAUGAAAAACAACAGUGAUGUUGAAAUCCCUCUUGAAUUAAAAGUAAAGGAAGGGAAGAAGGUUUAUAAUUAUGACUUGUAUGCCAUAGUCAACCAUAUUGGUUCUCUUGGUGGUGGACACUAUUAUGCUGAAAUCAAAUCAUCUAAGGACGAGUGGUAUGAAUUUAAUGACUCUACGGUUCAAAGGAUUCACGAUUCUUUUCGUGUAAGGUGCUCACAAGACCACAUCAUCUCAGACACUGCGUGUUUACUUUUCUUCAAGAAAUCAAAUGCUCAGCAAGAUAAGCAUUUACCCAUGAACGUCAAGAUAUCAGACAAUUACCAAAGUCAGAAUCAGAGUACCAGGACCAAAUGUGAAGCAUCUAAAGAAUAUUGCAAUGUGUCAUUUAAGCAGACAUGUCCGCAUGUCAUUAUCGCCAUGCCAAAUGAACUUCAGCAAGAAUCACAGGAUCACAAAGCUGAGACCAAUGAAAACUCCCCACAAGACGUGCCAGAUGUGUCAGCAAUGGAAAUACAGCCAACUGGAAGUGACAAUCAGCCAAAACUAAAUGUUGAUGCCAGCAUUACAGCAGAAGCAUCUAAACAGUCUGGAAUGAUUUUUAAUAUGUCUGAUAUUAGUCAUCAGAAGAUACCAGAGGCUGGAGCCUGUGAAACAGGUUUUAACACAGCAAUAAGCAUUCAAUCCAAAGGAGAUAACCAUCACACUUUAGCAAAGAUAAUUGAUUCAGGGAUAACAGAGAUCAUUUCUAGCAGCUCAGAAACACAAGAACGACGUACAAAAAGAGCAAAUUCAUGGCCGCAAGAUCGUCCAAAGUUCCUGCAGACACACAGUGAACAAGACCGUCCUCAGAAUAACAGAAUCAACUGGAAGGGUUCUGCAGACUCUCACAUUGUAGUGCUUGAGCAGAAAGCUAACAAUGUUGAUGUUAACACACCAAAUGAUCCAGACAGAGCUCUUCAGCAAGAACCACAGGAUCAUAAAGCUGAGACCAAUGAAAACUCCUCACAAGACGUGACAGAUACAUCAGAAGUGGAAGUACAGUCAACUAAUGGCAACUAUGACGAUCAGACAGAACAAAACAACUCCUCGGAAAGACAGGGUGGUGAUUUCUAUAAAAGUGAACCAGAUAAUGAAAACAAUGAAGUCGUAAUGGAACAUUUAAUGAAAAAGAGAAGAUUUACCUCCACUCAAAACAGUGAAAAUGUCGUGAGACAUUGUGAGAAAAUGAAAAUUUUGAUUGUUUUUAUCAUGGUUGGUCUUGUUAUGGCUGCUGCUGCUGCUGUUGGUGUUCGAGUGUUGAGACUACAAAACUGGUAAUAAUCUUAACUGAAGAUGAUUUUAAGAAAAUUUUCACAUAUGUUCAAAAAUAUUUCGCUUUAUGCCACUGUGCUUGGAAACUACAGUUAUUGAUUUAAUAUAAUUUCUUAUGAAUACUUAGUAUUUUUGUCUUGUUUCCAGUACAAAUGUGUAAACAUUUUUGAAUCAAGAUGCAUUUUCUUGAUGAGCAAAAUGACCUAAGAA